AUGGUAUCAUCUUGCAAAACUUUAAUACAAUAUCACAACCAGGAUAUUGACAUCGGCACACAUCAUUGCCUCAAAAUUCAACCCAAGGAUGGCAGCAAGAUGGCGUCUGCCAGCAGGGUCGUUCAGGUAGUCAAGCCACAUACUCCAUUAAUAAGAUUCCCUGACAAAAGAGACAAUCCUAAACCUAACUUUUCAGAAGUUUUGAGAUCAGCAGGACUACCGUCUUACUCUUCUUCAAUUUCACGGCAUUCUAAGGGAAGUAAAUCCCCAGAUUUGCUGAUGCAUCAGGGUCCACCAGACACUGCAGAAAUAAUAAAAACGUUACCUCAGAAAUACAGAAGGAAACUUGUAUCUCAAGAAGAAACUGAAUUUAUCCAACGUGGAGGUCCAGAAUAAUCACUGACAGUGUGGUUGCUAUUUGUCAUCAGACAAAAGACUAGUCUUUACAAUAAAGGACUUCCAAAAUGGCACAUGAGAAAUUAUAUAGUAAACAACUUGAAUAAAUACUCUACAAAAAAAAAAGAAAGAAAUCUAGAAAAUUUAGAUGGACAAUUGUAUCUCCUAAUAUAUGUAUCUUGGUCAGCUUCUCCAUAAGCUUACCUAAUUGUUUAUAUGUUUAUAUGCUUAUUGAAGUAUACAUUUUUAAAUGUUAAAA